UGACGUUGCAGUGCCAGGGGCCUCUAUUAUGCUGCAACCUGCAAAUCCACCAUCGCAGGCCGUGUGCAAUCAAGAGUCCGACAUUGCACUGCCGGCAGUUUUUGCUGAGGUUAAUGGCAAGGUACACCUAGGAAAUGGUGUGUUCGUUGACAAGGAGAGGUGGGACCUACUCCAGGGCCGUGGCCGGGACUCCCUGUUCUGCAAAGAACUGGCGAAACUGGUGUGGGGAGUCCCGGCACUCAGGGGUAGGAGCGUCACUGGGGCUCUUUGUCGCCGCUUUCUUAAGGACACCAAUGCUGUGGAAAAGCCGGCUUUAAGCCCCCAUAAAUUGCAAGCUGUAGGCAGCGCAUUCGAUGCAUACCUUAGAAGAUGUGCCCCUGAGGAAGAGAAGAAGUUGCGGCGCUCAAAAUGAAUAGAUACCUGGCAGACAUGCUGAGGGAUCUAAAAUAAGCAUGCAAUAGUGUACACAUACAGGGUGUU